CUGGCACAACACCGAGCUGAGCACAGUGCAAAUUGAAUACUCAAAGCAGCUACAACGCAACUUGGCAGCUUCACUUGAACAUUUUUUCUAAAGCAGCCGCGUAAUUAGUUCAACUCCUCAACGUUUCUCAACUUUCAACUCUUAACAACAACAUGAAGUGUUUGGCUUUCUGCGCUUUGUUGCUCUUUGUGCUCGCCGCUUUCAGCUGGACGCCAGCCGAGGGCAGCUUUUGUCCCUGCAAUCUGGGCGAGAAGGGUCAGGUGUGCGGCACCAAUGGUGUCACCUACAAGAAUCGCUGCGAAUUCGAGUGCACUCAGCGCGACUACAAGAAACUGAAUCGCCAGCUCAACAUUAAAAAUAUGGGACCAUGUUAAUUAAUUUGCUUGGAUGCAUUAAAUCAUUUAAUUCACGGCUUGUUACAAUGU